AUGCAUCCGGAGCCCGCCCCGCCCCCAAGCAGCAACAGCCCCGAGCUUCCCCUCAGCGGCGGCAACAGCACCAGCGGUAGCCGCCGGAGCCGCCGCCGCAGCGGGGACGGGGAGCCCCCGGGGUCGCCGCCGCCGCCGCCGCCCGCAGUCACCUACCCGGACUGGAUCGGCCAAAGUUACUCCGAGGUGAUGAGCCUCAACGAGCACUCGAUGCAGGCGCUGUCCUGGCGCAAACUCUACUUAAGCCGCGCCAAGCUCAAAGCCUCCAGCCGGACUUCGGCUCUGCUCUCCGGCUUCGCCAUGGUGGCAAUGGUGGAGGUACAACUGGACGCUGACCACGACUACCCUCCGGGGCUGCUCAUCGCCUUCAGCGCCUGCACCACGGUGCUGGUGGCCGUGCACCUGUUUGCGCUCAUGAUCAGCACCUGCAUCCUGCCCAACAUCGAGGCUGUGAGCAACGUGCACAACCUCAACUCGGUCAAGGAGUCGCCCCACGAGCGCAUGCACCGCCACAUCGAGCUGGCCUGGGCCUUCUCCACCGUCAUCGGCACGCUGCUCUUCCUGGCCGAGGUCGUGCUGCUCUGCUGGGUCAAGUUCUUGCCCCUUAAAAAGCAGCCAGGCCAGCUGCGGCCCACCAGCAAACCCCCGGUCGGCGGGGCGCCUGCCAACGUCAGCAGCACCGGCAGCAUCACCCCGGGCCAGGCCGCCGCCAUCGCCUCCACCACCAUCAUGGUCCCCUUUGGCCUGAUCUUUAUCGUCUUUGCCGUCCACUUCUACCGCUCACUGGUCAGCCAUAAGACGGACCGACAGUUCCAGGAACUCAACGAACUGGCUGAGUUUGCCCGCCUGCAGGACCAGCUAGACCACAGAGGGGACCACCCCCUGACCCCGGGUAGCCACUAUGCCUAA